AUGUGGUGUCGAGGUUUCCUGCAGCAGGCGGUCAGAUCCAUGUCGACCAGUAGACAGGCUGGUGUCCUCCUGGACGUGGACGGCGUCCUGCUCCGGGGCGGCUCAGUGAUCCCAGCGGCUCAACGAGCUUUCCGGAAGCUUCUGGACCGAAACAAGAACUUCCUGUUUCCUGUUGUUUUUGUCACCAAUGCAGGAAGUUGUCAGAGACAUCACAAGGCCCAACAACUGUCUCACCUGCUGGAUGUCAAGAUCGUCCCGGAGCAGGUGGUUCUUUCCCACAGUCCUUUGCAGAUGUUAAAGAGUUUCCAUGAUAAAUGUGUCCUGGUGUCGGGACAAGGGCCCGUGGCGGACAUCGCCAACACUUUGGGUUUUCAGAAGGUGGUGACCAUCGAGCAGCUCAGAGAACAUCACCCCCUGCUGGACAUGGUGGACCAUAACAGGAGACCCAAACUCUCUUCGACUCCUCUGAGGACGUUUCCCAAAAUAGAAGCAAUCAUACUGUUCGGGGAACCAAUCAGAUGGGAGACCAACAUGCAGCUGUUGAUUGACGUGCUCCUGACCAAUGGGAGUCCUGGCUGUGAGUACGACGCACACCUGCUGACUCAGCUGCCGGUUCUGGCCUGUAACAUGGACCUGAUGUGGAUGGCCGAGGCCCCGUCUCCACGCUUUGGUCACGGGAUGUUCCUGCUGUGUCUGGAGUCCGUCUACAGGAAGUUGACAGGUCAGGAGCUGCAGUACCAGGCGCUGCUGGGAAAACCAAGUCUGCUCACGUACCAGUACGCUGAGCAUCUGCUGAGGCUGCAGAACCACAACCAGCGGAUAAACACUGUCUAUGCCAUCGGUGACAACCUAAUGACGGACAUCUAUGGUGCUAACCUGUAUAACCGCUACCUGGCUCAGCAGCAUGCUGCCAUAACUACCAGCAGCAGGUUUGUUGCCCAGGGAACAGGGAGUCGGGGGACGGCGGUGGUUUCGGAGGAGGAGCUGGUGUCCACUGCUGCUCAGUGUCGCUCCCUAUUGGUGUGCACAGGCGUCUAUAACCCUCGCUCCCCGUUGCCUAGCGACCAGAGCAGCACCAUCACCGAGACAGUGUUCCACGGUCACAGAGACCUGGUCCUGGAGCCAGACCUGGUGGAGCCAAGUCAUGUGGUGGAAGAUGUGGAGGCUGCCGUGGAUCUGCUGCUGCAGGAGGAGGCUGCUGACCUGAAGAGGUCUCACUCUGACUGUUUAUCAGGAUACUGUAGACAGUUCACAUCUGGUCCAUGGAGCAGAGUCUGA